AUGGUGAAGUCCCCUGCAGGUGAAGAGUCUGCGGUUUGUUCAUCUGGAUUUCUCCAGGAAAAGCAACGUGAAUUAUAUAGAGCCUCUUUGAGAAAACAAAGAUUCCCUGCACAAGGCAGCAUUGAAAUACAUGAGGACAAUGAGGAAGGAGCUCAGCACAGGAAUUGUAAAACUCACGUCCUUAUUCUGGUCCUACAUGGGGGCAACAUCUUAGACACAGGAGGAGGGGACCAGAACGGCAAGAUGGCUGACAUCAACACCUUCAGUUCCGUGUUUGAGAAGGUGACUCGAGCCCAUUUCCCUGCUGCACUGGGCCACAUCUUAAUCAGGCUUGUCCACUGCCCAGCCAUCUGUUUGGAGGCUUUCUCUCUUGUUUCCAACCUGAAUCCCUACAGCUAUGAUGAGAACUGCCUGAGCAGUAGUGAAGACCACAUCCCACUGGCUGCCUUGCCCUUGCUGGCCAUUUCCUCCCCUCAGUACCAGGAUGCAGUUGCCAUGGUGAUUAGCAGAGCCAACCAAGUUUACAAUGAAUUUCUCAAGUCUCCAGAUGGGACUGGUUUUAAUGGACAGGUGUGCCUCAUCGGUGACUGCGUUGGAGGAAUUUUGGGGUUUGACGCCAUCUGCUACAGUGCUGGCACUGCGGGUGAGAGUCAGAACAGUAGCAGGAGAGGGAGCCUCGGCAGCAUGCAGGAUAAUCCCCUCUUAGCAGAGGAUUCCAGUCUGGGUGGCAGCAAACGCCUAAGCAAAAGUAAUAUUGACAUUUCGGGAAUCAUGGAGGAUGAGGAGCCAAGGCAACCGUUGCCAAGGAAACAGAGCGACUCAUCCACUUAUGACUGUGAUACUAUAUCCCAACACCAUGCUUUCUUGUCUAGUAUCCACGCGAAUGUUAUGAAGAACGAUGCAGACUUUCCUCCUAUGAGCAGCUCCAGUCUCUCAGAAGUAAACCUGGGACGGUUUGAAUUUGAAGUUUCAGAUUUCUUCCUGUUUGGAUCACCGCUUGGUUUAGUACUGGCCAUGAGGAGUACUGUUCUGCCUGGACUGGACGUGUGCCAGGUCCGUCCAGCUUGCACCCAAGUGUACAGUUUCUUUCACUCUGCUGAUCCCUCUGCCUCCAGGCUUGAGCCAUUGUUGGAGAAAAAAUUCCACCUCUUGCCUCCAUUUAACGUCCCAAGGUACCAGAGAUUUCCACUGGGAGAUGGAAGAUCACACCAGUUAGCUGAUACUCUUCACAACCAGAGCGCCCUGUUCCUUGAGAACAUCUCCAGGGUCACACCCUCCUCUCCAGAGACUCCAGAAUCUCCACACACGCUGAGUCAGUCACAAGGAAAGACAAGGAGGACAAGCUUGGUCAGCAUGAACAGUGAAACCUCCGGGUCGACAGAGAGCUUGCCAUCAACAAACAUCUCCAGUAUUACUGCCAAAUGGUGGGGAACAAAGAGAAUAGAUUACGCCCUGUACUGCCCAGAUGUUUUAACAGCAUUCCCAACAGUGGCCCUGCCCCAUCUCUUCCACGCCAGCUACUGGGAAUCAACUGACGUAGUGGCAUUCAUUUUAAGACAG